AUGGAUGAAGAUAGAGUCAAGGCUUCGAGAAAGAGGGUCCUUUCCGAAGAGGAUCUCGCGCUUCGGAGCGGCAAGAAAUUGAAGGGUGACGUCAUGGUUGACUUGACCAUGGAUGAAAGUAUGCAGGAGAAGGGAGAGGGGGGAUCCGUAUCCCAGUCGUUCCCGGGGGGGAUUCCGGAUGAGAUCAAGGUGGGGUUGAAGAUUAACUCCCCAUCAGUGUCAUCGUAUAAGGACAAGCUCCUUAGGUUAAAUGGGAAAGGAGGUCAAGCUGAUUGUGAAGAGGAGGACUGGAUCAUGAAGCAAAAGAAAGAUGAUGAAGAAGCAGAUCUCAUGGAGGGGCUGUCUCAUGAUCUUCUCGAAGAUCCACUCUGUCCUAGGUACACCUUCUCACUGGAAGAGCACAAAAGCGAUUGUGAGAUAUGGAGGAAGGCUCUUAUCAUUAAGAUGCUUGGUAAACGAAUAGGGACCAUAUUCCUGAUGUCAAGAUUGGUAAGGUUGUGGUGUCUGGUAGGUCCUCAUGAACUUAUUGAUCUUGAUAAUGGCUAUUUACUCCUGAGAUUUCAAGACGAUAGUGACUAUCGCCAUGUACUGGAAGAAGGACCAUGGAUAGUGAAUGAUCACUAUGUGACCGUGCAAAGGUGGAGGCCAUUCUUCGAUCCUUAUGAUAAGGAUUUCAGGAAGCUUGCUAUGUGGGUUAGGAUUCCAGGACUACCUAUUGAGUUAUAUACAGCUAGGCAUCUCUUGAGAAUUGGAAACAUCUUUGGUAGAACACUUAAGGUUGACAGAAAUUCACUCAGGAAGAGUGAUGUGGGGGAAGGUGUGAUCACCGAAAGAGGGAAAUUCGCUCGAAUUUGUGUAGAAGUGGAUUUGAGGAGGAGCUUCCUGUCCAAGUUCAAAAUUGGCAGUAAAGUAUACCAUGCUGGGUAUGAGGGCUUACACCUCAUUUGCUUCAAGUGUGGGGUGUAUGGUCAUAGAAAGGACCAGUGCUCAGUUGACCAAGGAACAACUAGCAACAUUGGAAAAGAGGUUACAGGUAAGGAUGUUGUUGAUCCUGGGAAACCAGAGAAAGUUAUGGUUAAAGAGGAACAGGAGGAGGCAUUUGGUAGUUGGAUGGUGGUCCAGAGGCAAGCUAGAGGGUGCAAGCUUAAGGCUAAGCCUGUUAAGCAAGGGGCUGUUGAUCUGGAGGUUCAGAGUUCUUCUCCCAAUUCUGGGAUCCUGCUUGAGGCCAACCUCACUAAGGACAUAGGUGAGGCUGUUUCAAUUUCCCCCAGUCAGGAACAGGACCCAGGUAGUCAGCCUUAUCCAGUCUCUUGCAGUGAUCACUCGAAUAAGGGUAUGGACCUUCCACCUGCGAAGGCUUCCAAUGAAGGAGCUCCUGCUGGGGUUGGUAUGCAGAACAAGUCUAAGUCCCCGAAGAGGACCCUUGCUAAGGAGACUAAGGAUAAAGCCAAACCUCAGGCCAAAGUAGCUUUGAGGAAAUCUGGAGCCGAGAACAUCCCUCCAAAUUCUGGCCUGGAUGGUAGCUUAAAGGUUCCUGGGAAGAGUAAGGCUAGGAGUAAAACAAUCCAGGAAGUGAAGGAGCCCUCUGCUCCUGGGAGCAGCACUCAUGCCAGGAGAGAGCAAGGUGUUACUAUUCAGAGUCUAUUGGGUAAUUCUGUGCCCAAAGGGGUUGGGAAGAAAAGUUUCCCACCUCUCAUUAAGGAUUUAAGUCAUAGGUUUAAUAUUGGUAUUAUGGCUUUGCUGGAAGUCAAGAUUGGUGGCUCUAGAGGAGAUAGUAUCAUUAAGCAGUUGGGUUUCUCUAAGUCUUUUAGAAAUGACCCUGUUGGGGUCCAGUAUCUGGAUUCUAUGAAGUCUGAUCUUAUUACUUUUAUAUAUGGUAGUCCAAGGAGGAUGGAGAGGAAGGUUCUGUGGGAGGAAUUAAUCUCCUUAAGUCUUUCGGUUGAUUCUCCUUGGCUGGUUAUGGGUGAUUUUAACUCUAUAUUAUCUGGUUCUGAGAAGGUUGGGGGGAAGGAGGUGUGUUGGAAUAGUAUGGCUGAGAUGCGACAUUGCUUGAUUGACUGUAAUAUCAAUGAUAUGGGGUUCAAAGGGUCUGACUUCACAUGGAAGAGAGGAAAACUCCAUGAGAGGCUUGAUAGAGCUUGCUCCAAUGAAGAAUGGAAUAUAGCCUGGCCUAACAGGAUAAUUUCUCAUCUCCCUUAUUUUGAUUCAGAUCAUAGACCUCUCCUGUUAGUUAAUGAUGGUAAUUUCAAAACUCGAGUUCUCCAGAAAUUUUAA